CGCACUGAAACCUCUGCCGGGGUCUCCUCAUCACUAGCAAAAACCUCGCCUCGAUUCGAUUAAACAGAGAGAAAUCCGAAGCACCUCGCCGUCGCCAGCCACCAUGACCGUGGAGGUAUGCGUGAAGGGCGCCGUCGGGGCCCCCGACACCCUCGGCGACUGCCCCUUCUCGCAGAGGGUGCUGCUCACGCUGGAGGAGAAGAAGGUCCCCUACGAGAUGAAGCUCGUCGACCUCAGCAACAAGCCCGAAUGGUUUCUGAAGAUCAGUCCAGAGGGUAAGGUGCCUGUGUUUAACAGUGGUGAUGGCAAAUGGAUUGCUGACUCUGAUGUGAUCACUCAAGUCAUUGAGGAGAAGUUCCCAACUCCAUCUCUGGUCACCCCUCCAGAAUAUGCAUCAGUGGGAUCAAAGAUUUUCCCAUCCUUUGUCAAGUUCCUGAAGAGCAAAGAUGCUAGUGAUGGUUCAGAGAAGGCACUUCUUGAUGAGCUGCAGGCACUAGACGAGCAUCUGAAAGCUCAUGGCCCCUACAUCAACGGGGAGAAUGUAUCAGCUGCUGAUCUUAGCCUGGGGCCGAAGCUCUUCCACCUCCAGGUCGCACUGGAGCAUUUCAAGGGCUGGAAGAUCCCAGAAAACCUGACCAGCGUCCAUGCAUACACCAAGGCACUUUUCAGCCGCGAAUCUUUUGUGAAGACUAAGCCAGCCAAGGAGCACCUGAUUGCGGGAUGGGCACCCAAGGUGAACGCGUAAGCGCCCGUCCCUCUUGUGCUUUGGUGCUACCUUGUGGACACCAUGCGUUUAUCUGACCAGUCGCUGUCAGUGGUGUGGGUAGGCGUCUGUAGCUUGAACGCGUGAUUGGACUUGAAUAAUGCAGCACCACCACCACCAUGUUCCGAGUACUUAGUUCUGGUUGUUGCAAGUGUGCGCCUUUUAUAUGGACCUUCCCUUACCGGUUUGGUUCGACACCAUGGGCAUCUCUUGGUCGUAUGUAUGAGAGCGUGCAUCUACUGCAAUGUUAACUAUAGUAUCAAAUAAUGGAGCCGCUUCUAUGCUCGUGCUGCC